AUGUCUGAAGCCGACUACUAUCAGCUCAUUGGUGUUGGCCGGGAUGCCACCCUGCAUGAGAUUAGGUCCAAGUUUCGCGCAAAGGUACUUGCCGAGCACCCGGACAAGGGCGGAGACCCGAAGAAGUUUCAGCUCCUGAACAAAGCAUACAACGUGUUGACUGAUCAGGACAAGCGACGGCGUUAUGAUGCCACCGGCCGUGCUGAAAAGUCAGCGGAGGAGGAGUUUGUGGAGGGUUUCGCCGGGGGCAGGCAUCACUUCGAGCCUCGCAGCAAGGAGGCCGACGAGAAGGCUAUUGUGAGCUUGAAGGACAGGAUUAUUACGGGAAAUCAAACACAUGAAGAAGGCUUUGCCGAGUGGCUGCGCCAGCGUGAUCAGCAGGCCAUGGUUCUUACAGACAAAGAUUUCAUGAAGACGCAUCUCUUCAAUGCAUCCGAAUUGGCGACAAAGAUCAAUCACCCAGGACCUGUGCAGCAUGUCCUCGGAUCUCCCAAAACAGAUGCCUAUGGUCAGGCCAUGGGAGGCGCAGUUCAGGUGCAGGUGAAGCCCAGGCCUCUCAAGAAGACUAUUGACCAUGACGAGGUGCUCGUGCGCAUGCUUGCUGUUCCAGUUGAUGACUCCAUGGUCUAUGCGGACCUGAAGAAAACUGGUGUCUGCCUUGGCAUGACGGGAGUUGGGAGAGUGGAGCAGGCCGGAACACGGGUCGAGGACCUCAAGCCAGAAGAUGCGGUUCUGGUCCUCCCGAAGCCUACAAAGUUCUCCUCUGCACAUCCAAUUGGAACUGGGCGAACUCUGUUGACAUGCAGCGAAGAUGAUCUCCUGCGUAUCCCAUCGGAGAUUCUUGAGCAGCUGACACCUGAGCAGAUCUGCCUGACUCCAACCAUUGUGUGUGCAUACACCGUGCUGGAGCAGUUUGGCUCCAAACUGAAGCCGGGUGAUUCUGUGCUGAUCAACGCAGCUCAUCUCUCUGCCUCAGGAUCGGCUCUGCUCCAGCUGUGCAAGCUGCUGAAGCUGAAGCCUCUUUGUAUGCUUUCUUUGCCCGGUUCCCCCAAGAACCUUGCGAAGGGCGAGUACGGAUCCAAGGCAGCUUGGGCAGAGGUUGACAACCGUGCAGCCGCAAGUGCCACAGUGCGUGCUCAGUAUGAGCGCAUCAGCGAACUGUUGGUGACAAUGGGGGCCGAGGAGGUCUUCCCUGAUGCCGUAGCGCUCCUGCGGUGGAGGGACCGGAACCAGCGCAUGCUCCCAAAGCUUGCCCUGGACGGCAUUGCGACGCGAGACUCUUGCGAGCAGCUGAUUCACUGCCUGCAAUCCGGUGACAAGGACGCCCAGAUCGUUGUGUAUGGUCAUGGUAUUGCUCAGCCGCUUGAGAUUUCCCCCCCUCUGCUUGCAGCAUGGGGCGGUCGUAUCGUUGGCUUCAACAUCUCAAGAUGGGUGCACUCCUUGUCCGCCAAUGCCAAGAAGAUGAUGGCAGUCAUGGAAAACGUCACGAAGCUUGUUCGUGCAAACAAGUUCGUCCUGGACACUGUGGUGUACAAGGUUGGCGAGGAUGCCUGCAGCGAGGCCUUCUCGCGAGCAGCUGAUGCAGGUGACAACACGCAGGUGGUGCUGGUUUUCCCAACGCUACAGGAAGAGUUGGCACUGUCUGCCCAAGAGCAGAGGGCUGAAAAGGAGAAGCAAGCCAAGCAGAAGGAAGAGGAGGCUGCAAAGAAGAAGGAGGAGGAAGAGCGUGACAGGCUGAAAGCCGACUGGCUGAACUUGCUCUUCACGGAUCAGAGUGUCGCGGCUAUGAGCCCCGAGGGUCCUCUGCCAACAGCGCAUGAGGGUGGAAAUCUGAGCAGCCCCAAUGCUUUGGUUGUCUGGCUCGGGGAUGACUCCCAGAACGAAGCAGCUGCUGUCAGGGACGUCGCCUCGCAAGUUGGCAGUGCAGCCUUUGUAUCUCUUGCCUGGGCCCAGCAUCCGGCCGCAGAGGCCUUCGCUGAGUUCUCGCUGAAGCAGCCGGAGGUUGUGGAUGGGUCUUUUUUUCUGCGCGACCGUCAGGCUUUCGAGAACCAGGAUCUGGAUAUGCUGCAUGAUGUGGAGCUUCUCGGUCGAUGCCUCUCAGAGUCAAUCGAGACCAAAUUGGGCGAGUUUGGCUUGGGCUGGGACAAGGUCGUGAUUCUUGGCUUCGGCAAAGGGGCUGGCAUUGCACUGUAUGCCUCCCUCUUGAACGUCUUCCCACAGGUGUCUGCAACAGUCCUCUUCAGUCCGAUUGUGCUUUUCCCAUCGUUCCUGGCUGAAAAGAUGCAGGCAUUGCGCCAGACAACUACCGGCAAGAUGAAAGUGUUCACUGUGUGGGGAAAUCGCAACAGGUCUACACCGGGCACUUACCGCCAGUUGUUGGCACAGACGCUGCGCAAGGCAAAGGACGUUCACUUCACGACAGGGUGCUGGAGUGCUCUCGUCCAUGCUGCCACUGUGCUUGCCGCGCUGAGUGGACAGUUGCCCGCUAGCCGCAAGCAGCACAAUUUGAUAGUUGCAUCAACGGGACUGGAGGCUGCCGAUUCGCCUCUUUGUCAGCGAUUAGCAAUGCGCCCCGAAUUGCAAACAGGAUCCAUUUUGGCGAAGCGCAGAGUUGCAACACUGCAGAUGGGCUGUCAUGGCACGGCUUGGAAUCGGAGCCACCUUCUAGUACGCUCAAAGGAUCUUGCGAAAGCUGGUCGCAAGCUUGUCGAGGCAGGAUACGGAGUUGGGCCACCCGACUUGGUAGAAAGUCCACCUGAAGGCGCUCCCAAGCUCGCGGAUCUGAUGACGCAAAAGGAGGACUUUCCGGACAUCCGACUUGAGGCGAGAACAGAUGAGGGGCACCACGUAUUCGCAGAGGUGUCCUCAUGUCUGGGUGCUGAAAAGGGUGAGGCCAGCUGCGCUGGGAAGAGAUCUACAGGGCAGGAGCCACUGAUGGCGAUGGUACGACUUCAGGCCCCUCAGCUCCAGGUGGAGGAUCCUCAAACCUUGAAGUGUCACUGGGCCAAAGUUUCUACAUCCGGAGAGUCUGUUUGUGCACAGAACUCUACUGUUGUGCUGGAGCUGCUGGCUACAAGCGCAUCAGACCUUGCUGGUUAUUGGGUUUUUACAGCAGGACUCUUCGCCCUGGUCAUAGCUCCCAGGUCCUGCGCAGGAUCGCGCUUCUGCAUUUCCAAUGAAGCAUUUGCAUCCCUGUGUGGCAGGACAGCACUGAUUGAGAAGCAGGCCGUUUGUGAUGCAGUUGCUGGCAAGGUGGAGGAGUCUGGAGCCCUCACAGUCUUGUCAAGGGCCCGGACACCACAGGCGCCAGGCUCCUGUUUCUAUGAUCCUGCUGAAGGUGUUGGUGGGCUUAUUGAGGUAUUUGAAGAAGACCAGCUAGUAGUUCAUCGCCACACUGACGGGCGCGAACUGCGGUGGAAGAUACUGAAGAUGGAGGCAAAUCCAUUUCCUAAGCCAGGUAUUGAACGUGAGCUUGAGAGUGAUGCUGCCGAUUGUCAGAGAAGAGACUCCAAAAGCGGCAAACCUAACGGCCAGGAAAGUCAUGCUGAACAACCAGACUCCAGCAAAAAAGAAGCCAAGCUCGACCAGGCGGACAGCCUACCUUCAGGAUCCAGAUCGCGAUCCAGACAGGGUUUGAAGCAGAAGCACGGAGUCAAGGCAAAGAAGCAGAAAGAUAAAAAAGAAAGCCGGAAGGAUGCUAAGGAUGCGAAGGUGGGCCAAGAGAAAAAGGACGACCAGAAGGCUCAAAGAGACCUGGCGCAUGAAGAGGAAAGCCAGCGAGAAAAGCAGCAGGCGAAGGAUCGAAGAGGAGAGAGGCUGCGGGAACUGCCGAAAACCGGCAGUGAUCGCGAUUGGGAAUGGCAACGAGCUAGGGAAAGACAGAAAGCUCGAGAACGUAUACGGGACAGCGAGCGAGAAGCAAGGAGCCGCGAGAGGGACAGAGACAAAGAGAAGAAAGGCCGAGAUCGAGCUAAGGGCAGGGAUAAAUCCCGAGACGCUUCGCAAGAACGCGACAAGCCCAGAAGGCAAUUGGAGAGGAGCCAUGCGUUUGAUAAGCAAGCAGCACCUUCGCAGCCAAAAGCCACGUCCGUCCCUGUUGGCCAUCCGGCAGCGUCGGGGCCAGCAUCUGCCUUACCCGCAAGUGCCGCAGCCUUGCUGGCUGCUGCGUACCAGGCCCGUGUUGUCGAGCCGAACCCAGAGGUUGAGCAUUUCCUAUCACUCAACACUGUAGAAUCGCAUGCGGCCACGAAGCUCCGGUCCUUGCCGCGGAACCUGCAGCGAGCAGUGCUUGAGCGAGGCUCACUAAUGGGCGCGCGGGAUCCGUCUGCCGUGCUGAUUUCCCGCGUUCGAGAUGCCAUGAUGUCGACAGCGCAUACGCUGCCAUCCCUGCCAAUGAUCACCAUGACGUUACCAAACGGGCAGCAGGUGCACCCCGCGGUUGAGGCGCUAAUUUUGCGCUUCGGCCUCGACGCACAGUGUGCGCAGCAGUUGCGCCAGCUCCCUUUGCAGCUUCAGGCAGUGGCGGCAGAGCUGCCAGUUCAUGAAGCACGGAAUCCUUCUGCCUUCGUCAUGGCCCAAUUGCAGCUGCCUCGAUUCAAGCAGGCGGCCAAAGCAAUGCAAGCAAAGGCUGUGAGCAGGUGA